GGACCAUGAGACCCGCGAGAAACUGGGCCCCUCUGGCAGCGACCGUGCUGGCCGCAACGGCCCUGCUGCUAAGACCGAUCCACGCUGAGGCGCCAAUUUCGGGCAACUAUCUGCCACCCUCAACCAGUUACGGCACCCCUAAUCUAGGAGGUGGCGGUGGCGGCGGUGGCGGCGGUGGCGGCGGCGGCGGCGGCUAUUCCGGCGGUAGCAGUGGAGGAAUAUCGACGAGCUACGGUGCGCCUUCGAGCGGCGGUGGCGGAUUCGGCGGGGGUGGCGGAUUUGGCGGGGGUGGCGGAGGUGGCGGUUACUCCGGAGGUGGUCGACCUUCCUCGACCUACGGAGCGCCGAGUCAAGGUGGCAGUGGCGGUGGCCGCGGAUACUCCAGUGGCGGUGGCGGCGGAUAUUCCGGUGGCGGCGGAACGCCGUCCUCCAGCUACGGAGCACCCCCCUCAACGAGCUACGGAGCACCCCCUUCGUCAAACUAUGGAGCACCACCCUCAGCGAGCUACGGGGCACCGUCUAGCGGUGGUGGCGGCGGUGGACUCGGGGGUGGUUUCGGCGGAGGAGCUCCUUCUAGCAGCUACGGAGCGCCGCCAUCCAGCAAUUAUGGAGCGCCUUCCAGCAGUUAUGGAGCGCCUAGCUCUGGCGGAGGAGGAGCACCGUCCUCUAGCUAUGGAGCCCCGUCCCGUCCGUCCAGCAGCUAUGGGGCGCCAUCCGUAGGACGUCCGUCUUCAACCUAUGGUGCGCCUUCCAGCGGAGGUGGCGGAUUCGGCGGGGGUGGUUUUGGUGGUGGCGGCGGCUUCGGCGGCGGUAAACCUGGCGGCGGCGGCGGCGGCUUCGGCGGCGGUUUUGGCGGUGGAGCCCCUUCUUCGAGCUACGGAGCGCCUUCUUCGACUUAUAGCGCACCCUCUACAAGCUAUGGGGCACCACCUUCCACUAGCUAUGGAGCGCCCAGUUCCGGCGGCUACAGUGGUGGCGGUGGAUAUUCCGGUGGCGGCGGAGCGCCGUCCUCUACUUACGGUGCACCUUCGGGAGGUGGCGGCGGAUAUUCCGGCGGUGGCGGAAGACCGUCAACGUCUUAUGGUGCCCCAUCCGGUGGUGGCGGUUUCGGAGGCGGCUCUGGCGGUUACUCUGGAGGCGGCGGAGGCGGCAGACCGUCGUCGACUUACGGUGCGCCGAGCUUUGGCAGCGGCGGUGGCGGCGGAGGCGGACAGAGUUAUGCCAGUAAUGGAGGAUACCAAUACUAAUCCAGACACGUGUUCACCCGGCGAAAUGAUCUCCGUGCUCAAUCGCGUCGGCUUCCGUCAAGUUUCCCGGAUUGGACGUCAAGAGUCAUCGGUUCGAUUGAUCCGUGUAUCAGAAAACGGGCGUCGAUCGCCCGUAACCGAGAGGC